AUGAAGGUACCGAAAAUGCUCGUCGACUACACGCUGCGCUUUGGUAUUCCCAUUGCAUUAUGUUAUGCCUAUUGGAACCCUCGAUCAGAUGAAGACAUUCGUCGUGAUGUUGAAGCGAAGAUUAAGCCAGACGUAGAGACUCGAAAGAAAAAGCAGGCCAAGUUUGCCGAGUUGUUGCUGCAAAAGAACGACAUGUCGAACGAAUCAAAGCAGCAACUGGAUCAAGUCACGGCCUUUACCAAGACAAAAGAGCAAUAUUUAGCUGACCGAAAGAAAGAAAAGUAA